UGAGUCAAGACUGAAAACGCACCGUUUAGUCUGACUCUAGCCUCUUCCUCAUGAUCACGAUCCACUCUUCCAACCCGUAAACCUAAUUUACGCUCCCAGAUUUUCCCCAAAUUCGAUCCCUCUUCAAAAUCCCUCCUGAACACACGACUCUCCUCGAAUCUAUGUUGUGAUUCUAAUCUUCGGUCUUGUUUGGGAUAUUAUCGAGCAACUGCAGUCGAAAUGCCGCCUGCGAAGAAGAAGAUUAAUCAUUGGUGGUAGCAGCCACGAGCAAAGCACAGUUUACUCCAGAUCCCAGCAUUACCGACAAACAAUAUCCAUCAUCUUGCUGUUUAAUUUUUUAGAAGAAGAAGAAGAAGAAGAAUUAAAAGUUAGUCCAAAAUGCUUUCACACCAAAUAGUGCAAUCUCCAGCAAGGCUGGGUCUUACAAACCCAAACUCACCUCUUCAAAACGCUACUCCUCCUAAAUUCCCUUCAUCAUCCUCCCAACAACUACCAACCCCCCAGCAGCAGCAACUGCAGCAACACCCCUCAAAUCCAGCCACCACAUCCACAUCCUCAGCUCUGCUCUCUCUCCUCCCUCCUCUCCGUAGAGCCCAAUCUCUUCUUCUUCAAAUGGCUUCCCUAGCCUCCAAAUUCUUUGAAGUCUCUCCCAACCGGGCCUUUUGGCUCUCUGCCUUUCGUGGAUCACUACCUACAUUCCUCUCCUCCCAAACCCAAUCAAUGGCUCCACCUCCCCUAGAAUCUACUCCUACCUCCACUAAGGAAGUUCUUUCUCUUUUCACUUCUCUCCAGACCCAACUUUUUGAGGCAGUGGCCGAGCUCCAGGAAAUCCUUGACCUUCAAGAUGCCAAGCAAAGGCUUGCACGGGAAAUCAAGUCAAAAGAUUCUGCACUUCUCAACUUUGCUAAUAAGCUCAAAGAAGCUGAAAGGGUACUUGAUAUGCUUGUCGAUGAUUAUUCUGAUUAUCGCCGCCCCAAAAGAGCAAAAUCAAAAUUAUCAGCGGAUGUUCCUGAGGAUGAUGAUGUGAGCAAUACCACUGUUGCCUCUCAGCUUGAGUUGUCUGAUAUUUUGUCUUAUGCUCACCGGAUAAGCUACACCACCUUUGCACCACCGGAAUAUGGUGCUGGGCAGGUUCCGCUUCGUGGUGCGCUCCCUCCUGCUCCUCAAGAAGAGCAAAUGAGAGCUUCUCAGUUGUACGCUUUUGCUGACCUUGAUGUGGGGCUACCUAAAAAGAUUGAAACCAAGGAGAAAACCAUUGAGGCAAUUAUUGAACUUCCCCCGCCAGCACAGCCUGCUGAGACCAACCCAUUUGCCAAUUUCCCUGCCAUUCAGGGCUUGCUGCCCACCAACAUCACAGUUCCAUCUGGUUGGAAACCCGGGAUGCCAGUGGAGUUGCCAACAAAUUUACCCCCACCGCCACCAGGGUGGAAGCCCGGAGACCCAUUGCCUCCAUUGGAGUCUCUUCCUCUGCCUAGGAUGGUGGAACAACAAUUGCAGCCAGUUGCUCCUCAGGGAUUGCAUAAGCCACCUGAGACAAUUCAAGUUCGGCACGUUCAGAUUGAUAUUCUUGAUCAGGAUGAUGAUAGUAGUGAUUAUAGCAGUGAGGAGGGGAGCUCUGAUGACGAAGACUAAGAGGCUGAUGAUUUAAGUAUUUGUCGAUAGUAUGUGAUGUCCCAAAAAUGAGUGUACUUAUGCCUUACGAUUUAAUAUACUAAAAAAAGGUCAAUUCUCAUUCCAUGCCCUUUCUGCUUAUUGAUGUUGCCAAUGAUUAAAUGUGAAAAGUGCCAAGUUUAUAGAGAAUCUAAUGUGUUGCUUGGUUCUCCAAACAUGUUUGCAAUUUGGAUACUGCUCUACACAAUUUUGCCUUUCUCCCUACAGGUCUUACCUAGGUUAUCAACAGGGACUUCCCAACCUAGUAGGACUUUCAUUCCCUAAUAGUUGCCUCAUGUAGCUGAGCUGUUAAGCCCACAAAUGCUUGUUGCUGAAUUAUUAUGUAAAUACUGCUUUUUUUUCAUUUGAUAUAGGAUUGUUAUUAAUUUA